AUGGGUGUUGACCUUAUAGUUAACCGUAGAUUUUUCUCAAGAAAGACACCAGUGCUGUCUUUUAGAGAACUAAAUCUGAUGGAAGAGAUUUGACAAGUACUUGAGAAGCAUCAUAUCAGAGCUCCAUCUUCUAUUCAAUCUUUGGCUAUUCCUGAGCUUUUGAAAGGAAAAUCUGCUUUGCUAACUGCGCAGACUGGAACUGGAAAAACAUUAGCUUAUGCCACUCCAAUUAUUCACAUGCUUAAAAUGCAAGAGUUGCAGGCUCAGAUCAGACUGACUGUGCCUCACAGACCUCGUACCAUUGUCAUUGUGCCAAAUAGGGAACUAGCUCAACAGGCGGAGGAAGUUUUCCGAAUGUUUAUGUACGAUGUUCCUCUAAGAUUCUAUGCUGCUUUUGCUGGAACCAAACUUUCUACCGAAUUUAAAAAGAUUCAGGAAGGAAUUGAUUGCUUAAUCACAACUCCUGACAGAUUAGUCAGACAUAGAGAUGCCAAGAAGAUCUUUCUCUCUAAUUGAUCUUCGGUAGUCAUCGAUGAAUGAGAUACGCUACUUGAUGCAGGAAUGGGCGAUUUUAUCACAAAUUUAAUCACUCCUCUGGUAAAGACUCCUAACUCUCAAGAGAUGCAGUAUGUUCAUGAGAAGAAGGUUGACCAUUCUACUCAGAGGCAGAUUGUGUUUUGCUCAGCAACAAUUACAAAACAGAUGGAAAGUUUAGUAAGUAAAUUUUGGAUCCCUGGAGACAAAAAGUUCGUCCAUCUUGUCGAGAAAAAUACUCAUAUGAACCUUACAAACCUCGAUCAUGAAUUUAUCAAGCUUAGUGAACGGGAUAAGUAUGAGCCAUUGAGACAUGUUCUCAAGGAAUUCCAGAGUUUUAUAAGAACAGAGAAUACUGCAGGGAUGAUAUUCUGCAAUUCAAUCCAGUCAGCACGAUCAGCAGAGCAUACCCUUCGAUCAUUCGGGUUUAAAGUCUCCUCUCUUCAUGGUGAUAUACCUCCAAUGAUGAGGAAUAAAUAUGUAGCAGAUUUUAGAAACAGAAAAACUGAUUUGUUAGUAGCUACAGAUCUUGGAUCAAGAGGACUAGAUUUCCCAUUUGUUAGUCAUGUUUUCAACCUUGAUUUUCCUAAAACAGUAUCAGACUACAUUCAUAGAGCAGGAAGGGCAGGUAGAGCAGGAAAAGAGGGGUACGUAAAAUCUUUCUAUCGUAAAUUCGAUGAGCCCAUUAUCGAUCAAAUGAGAAGGUCUCAUGAAGAUUCAAUUCCAAUGAAAAUCGGUGGAUCUUCAUUCACUUACAGAAAAACUUUUGAAAGGCCUGUAGUUGGUGGAAAAAUUAAACCUUUACCAGUCUCUCAACCAGGACGGAGGAAGUCUCGCUCUGAUCCUCUUGCUGCUACUUCUAAUCUUCUAAUCAAGACUUACGAUAACCCCACAGAAACACAGCCAAAGAAGAGAAGAGUAGCUCAUUACCAAAGGAAAUCAAGAAAUGCAGGAAGGCCUGAAAGAGAAUCCAUUGUCAAGAUUGAAAAGGAGAAUAAAAAAUUAGGGAAGAAGGUUAGCAUCUCUCAAAGAAGAAAGAACAGAAAUUACAUCCCUCGCAGCAGAAAGUUCUAAAUAUCUUCAAUAA